AUGGUGAAGACAUUUCAAGUGUACCUCGGCGUGAACAGCGGUGGUACCAGUCGAUGCAGCAGUUCCACUGCAAGCUCCACAGGAGGCACGGAUUCUCCUGACGCCUCCAACAACGAGGUGGUCGACGAACGCACCUACAGCUGCGUCCACUGUCGUGCUCACCUCGCCCGACACCAGGAUCUAAUCUCCAAGUCAUUUCAGGGCACUCAAGGACGUGCCUACCUCUUCGAGGCUGUUGUCAACGUCUCUUGCGGCAAACCAGAAGAGCGUCUUCUGCUGACCGGUGCGUUCGCGAAAACCACUCAUGACUGUGAAGACUAG